AUGGAUAGGCUAACGGAAGGCAUUAGAACAAGUGCGCCAGAGAUGAUGAUGUUUGCAGAUGAUAUUGUGCUCUGCUGCGAGGGUACACAAGAACUGGAAGAUAUCCUAGAAGUGUGGAGUUUUGCAUUGGAAAGGAGGGGAAUGAAGGUGAGCAGAAGACUGACAAGAAAGAACAGAAUUAGAAACGAAAAAGAGAGGGAGGUCCUCAGCGUGGAGAGGUUUGGAGGGAAAACUAGAAAGUGGAGGCUAAGAUGGUUUGGGCAUGUAAGAAGAAGGGACGAGGAAUACGUGGGGAACAGAAUGCUGGGAAUGAAACCACCUGGGAAGCGGAAGAGAGGAAGACCAAAGAGAUGGUAUAUGGAUACGAUUAACGAAGACAUGGUCCAAGUGGGUGUUACAGAAAUGGAUGUGCAGGACAGGCUGAGGUGGAGAAGAAAGAUCCACUGUGGCAACACCUGA